AGAAUCCGGUGGGAGAGGGAGCGGGCCGGCGGGGCGCGGCUGCGCAGAGCGCGGCUUCCUGAGUGUCUGGUGGCGGCGGCCAUUUUGUGGUGCUUCUUUCCUCUCCCGUUUGGGUUGCGGGGUGUCCGGGACCUGGCGAAGGGGCGAAACGGAGCGGGGGGAGCCCGGGGCCCUCACCCUCACCUGCCCUUCGCCUCGCUGCGUGGCGGAGCCCCCCUCCGGCGCUGCCCCCCCGGGUGCAGCUGAGAGCGGCGCUCGCCCACCAUUAUGGAAGACGACGGGCAGCCCAGGACCCUCUAUGUAGGAAACCUCUCCAGAGAUGUGACUGAAGUUCUUAUACUUCAGUUAUUCAGCCAGAUCGGACCAUGCAAAAGCUGUAAAAUGAUAACAGAGCAUACAAGCAAUGACCCUUAUUGCUUUGUGGAAUUUUAUGAACACAGAGAUGCAGCUGCUGCAUUAGCUGCUAUGAAUGGGAGAAAAAUUUUGGGAAAGGAGGUCAAAGUAAACUGGGCAACAACACCAAGUAGCCAGAAAAAAGAUACAUCCAAUCACUUCCAUGUGUUCGUUGGGGAUUUAAGUCCAGAAAUCACAACAGAAGACAUCAAGUCAGCAUUUGCUCCCUUCGGUAAAAUAUCGGAUGCACGGGUAGUUAAAGAUAUGGCAACUGGAAAGUCAAAAGGCUAUGGUUUUGUAUCUUUUUAUAACAAACUGGAUGCAGAAAAUGCUAUUGUACACAUGGGAGGGCAGUGGUUGGGAGGCCGUCAGAUCAGAACUAAUUGGGCAACACGGAAACCACCAGCACCCAAAAGCACACAAGAAAAUAAUACAAAACAAUUGAGAUUUGAAGACGUAGUAAAUCAGUCAAGUCCCAAAAAUUGUACUGUGUACUGUGGAGGAAUUGCCUCUGGCCUAACAGAUCAACUUAUGAGACAGACUUUUUCACCGUUUGGACAGAUUAUGGAAAUAAGGGUGUUUCCAGAAAAAGGUUACUCAUUUGUCAGAUUUUCAACCCAUGAAAGUGCAGCACAUGCUAUUGUUUCAGUUAAUGGAACCACAAUUGAAGGACAUGUUGUUAAAUGUUACUGGGGUAAAGAAUCCCCUGAUAUGACUAAAAACUUCCAACAGGUGGAUUACAGUCAGUGGGGGCAAUGGAGCCAAGUAUAUGGAAAUCCACAGCAGUACGGGCAAUAUAUGGCUAAUGGGUGGCAAGUACCAUCAUAUGGAAUGUAUGGCCAAGCAUGGAAUCAACAGGGUUUUGGAGUAGACCAAUCUCCAUCUGCUGCCUGGAUGGGUGGAUUUGGUGCUCAACCUGCCCAGGGACAAGGUGCUCCUGUAAUACCUAACCAAGCUGGAUAUGGUAUGGCAAGCUACCAAACACAGUGAGCUGGGACUCUGUUUAAAAGUGUGUAUUUCAUGAUAGGCUGCAGUUUCCAGUGACAUUCUCAAGACUGGAAUGUAGACAAUGAAAAAAAAAAUAUUUAUUUUAAAAAAAAAAUGGAAAUGUUUGGAACCUUUAGCACAGCUUUGCUUUGGUGAAGGACACAAAUGUCUUCUAGUUCUGCCUUUUUAAGUUUUUGUUCAUGAUGGAUAUGAACAUGUUUUCCUUUGUGUACAAAAAUUAAAAAUAAAGUCAAUAAAGACAAUUCUGACUACAAAUUUUGAUAUAGUAGGAGAAAUGGCUAACGAGUUUGAUCUUUAGGUUACCAUUCCAUUUUUUUUUUUUUUUUGUUCUGUCUUCAGUGUUUUAUAUCACUGUCCUUUUUAAGAGAUCUGAUGUUGAACAACAACAGCAAGUUGCUUUUAGUUGAACACACAUCCUGAAAUAACCAGUGGACCAACCAUUACAACCUGCAAGACAGCAUUGGUUUUUCAAGGAACCUAUGGGCAUAGCUCAGAAAGUGUAUGUAAGGUCUUGGAAUAAUUUUUUAAAAAGAAAUAUUUAAUUUUUCUACAUGCUUAAAGAAAACAGUCUGAUACAAAGAGUAGUUCAGGCUAAAAUGAAAAACAGUACUGUCUGGGGAAUUUCACCUAACUUUUAGUGUCCACAUUCAGGCACACAUGAAAACUUUUUCAGAGCUGGUUUGCUUACUAAGACUGUAGCAAUUUGUGUUUCAUUUUAAGAAGUAAAAAGGUUUUUGCAGGUAUGUUGUUUGUAUUUAAUUCAGACAGUCAUACUUGUGCUUUUACAUAAAGUUUGAAGGCUACACAUUGUAAAUAUUUCAUAAUUACAGUGUUUCAAAAGCAUGCUCAAACAUAGAAGUAGCAAUGUAAUUAUUCAAAGUAAUACUUAAUAUACUCUACUGCUUUAAAUGCAGUAGAUUGAGAAUGUGCAAGACUGACAUUUCCAAAGUUGGCUAUUAUGUAAAGUUACAUAAAGAACUAUAACAAAGAGCCUUAAUUUUAAUUUCAUAAAUCUUUAAUGCAUCACCUUUUUGUCAUUAGAAAUAUGAAUUUUUUUUGCUUUACAUUAUUUGGUAUGUAAAUACCUUGGUUAACAACCUUGUAAACCUAUUUCAAGGUUAUUAUAAGUUGUAUAGUAUCUUGAGUGUUUUGAAAAAUCUUGAUGUUUUUUAAGUCUAGAAAUAUUUUGCCCAAGAAUUUUUUAACAAGAUUGUUAAAAACAUCUUAUUUUAGAGAAUAUUCAAUGUGCCAUUUGGUAAAUGGAGAUGCAGUUGAAGCAGUACACUGAGUUGUGACUUAUUUUUAAUUAAAGUUUUUGUCUUUCUGGAUGGUUUGCAUGUGAUGAACCUGUACAGAGGCUGGGUUGUUUGUGUACUGAGUGUGUAAAUGGAUAAAUCAUGAAGAUGUUUAAAUGGUAUACUUGGGUUAUUUCUCAAUUAUUUUAUGGAUACAUUGAUAUAAACUGCCUCAAUAAAUCUGAAGUUGAAAAUGAAUGUAAGUUAGAUAUAAGUACUGUCUCUUACCUGUGACAGCUAGGGGGUGCAGAGGUUUCAGCUGUAGACUGAAAUACACCGAGGCAGGCACAAGUAAAGACAAAUAUAAGGUAGGAUUUGCAGUGAUAGUUCAGUGAUCAAACUUGCAUUUUUAAAGAAAUGGAAUGUUUGAUUUUAGAGAUGAUAGUUCUAAGUGAGUGUCUGAGAAGCUGUGGGUUUUUUCUGUUUUUUUUUUUUUCCUUUCUUUUUGUUUUUUUUACCAUGCAGGUAUUGCAAGUUAGAAUAGGUUUUGAAAUGGAAACUUGCAGUUUUGUUAAACCCAGCCAGGCUGUGCAAAUAACUACACCUAAUGCUGUAGCAGAUCACAUGAGGGCUUUUUUUUCCCCUCCUCUCCUACUUGACUUGCUUAGUAGUACCAUGACUUUUAGAUCAGGUUGAAAAUGAGAUAUACUGGAAGAGCAAUUUAGUGAUUUGGCUCAACUGUACCCAGAGAUACUUGUACCUCUACUGCAUGCAAUAAUGACUGAAGUUAGUGUGGAACCAUAAGUGCUUGUGAUGACAGAAUUGGCCCUUUAUCUCUGUUUCUCCUUUCUGGUAUACGUAGUGUUUUUCAGCUCAAGUUAGGAAUCUUGUCUACAGGACUUGUGUUUUUCUAUACAUUUUGUAUAUAUGUGUAUAUCAACGCGAGGAUCGGCCUAUACAGUGUAGUUUGGGGGGGGAAAAGAACAAAUCUGUGUUUUUGUUACUUUUAUCUGGUUUAAAAAAAAACCACGGAUCUGUAGAUACGAAUUGCAAGUUACUUUAGGAUUUCUUAAGAGUUCACUUGAAAUCUGGGGUUUCUACGUAUUUCUAGGUGUUUGACAUGACUCUGUUCUGGCUGCAUGCUGGUGUGUAAGCAGUAUGUCCUUUAGGCGCUACUGAAGAUUUAGGUGAUGCAAGUCCAUUGCCACAUAAAUGCCCUCAUAAAUGGGCAUAAUUUUAAGGCAGUGAUCUUUCAGGUCUCAAUGUACAGAUCACCUUAAAUCUGAUUAUUUAAUAUCCCUGCUGUAGAGCUGGGCCGUACCUGACCCGUAUUUCAGGAUGAAAGACGGGGUAUAUAUUUUUUUUUCUCAUUUAAAUGUCUUUUGUCAUUGGUUUUGAUACAGCUUUUCUUUGAUCUGGUGAUCUCUCUUCGCAGACUGCUCAAGAUAUGGGAGUCUCCAGUGUUUCCUUUAGUGUUUCUGUAGCACUGCGAGGAGGAGUUCUAAUUUGGAUUGUCCACUCAGUAGCGUUCAGAAAUGCCUCACUUGACAGUUUUUUGGCACCAAAGAGCCUCUUGCACCAUACUGCUUUUAUGAGUGACUGUUACACUGUUGUAACUUCUCUGACUAAAAAAGAUCAACCACUACCUGACCCCCUCUACCACUAGGAUUUGGGUUUCAAAAAAAAAAAAAAACCAACAAAAAAACCAAACCAGUAUUGAUUUAUCAUGGCUGGAGUUGAUGCAACCUGAAGCGAGGUUGUAAGCUGCGUUUGCAGAAAAUGUUCAAUAAAAGUGAAACUUGAUAAAGGGCUUAUCCUGUAUUGUCAUCUGUCAAAACCUUGUCCCUCUUUGCUGUAAAACUGACAGGCAUACAAGGCUGAACUUGUAAACUAUGCACUUGCAAUCGUGUAAAAGAUGUUUUCUGUAAAACUUUUCAUACAGAGCCAUUUUGUAUUUUGCAGAGUUGCAGUAGUAAGGCUGUAAACCCAAGGUUCUAUGAGCUUUUCCUCAGUCCUGCCUCCUUGUGUAUAUUUGUUAACAGUUUUCAAACAUACUCCUCCUGCAGAACCUUCUUCCUUACAAAGAUAAUUUCAUGAGACAGCUGUUCACUGUUUUGGAGCCAUUUCCUUCAUUUCACUCACCAAAAGAGUACCACAGUGAAUAAUGCUUAGUUUUGUAGAAAAUUAGUGAUUUGUUUUUUCUUGUGUGUAUACACAAGGAAGCAGACCUAAACUGUAUGGACAUGAUUCCUGUCUGAUACUUCUUAAUUAUCUGACUGUUUUUGAACAAGGGCACAAGUCUUUGUUUUAAUCACGUGGAACUGUUUCCUGGUCAGCAAUAAAGGAUUUUGUUGCACUGUUCUUACAUUGCAAAAUACAGGCAAUCUUUUAUUCAGUAUGCUCCCAAAAAAUGGAUGGGGUUUGUGAAGAACUGCCUUGUUCUAACUCAAGUCAUCACUUAUGGAUACAGUUUGGGAUCUGGAUUGCUGCUGUAAUAGUGAAAUGAAGUUGUUGUUUUGAAACUGA